CUCGCGCACUACUGUGGCUCGCGAUCAGCUCAGAAAGUCCGUUACGAUCACGCGGAAUCAGGAUGUUUUUCCUAUUCAUACUGAGGAUUUCACGAUUCACACGGAAUUAAAGAGAGGCGAAGUCUGGGUCUGGACUUGCACUGGUUCAAAGAGACCUGCUGCUCCUCCCGUGAAACACCUUAAAUAACACGCGCUGAAGACCAGUGUGACUCCACAGGAGGAACAUCUCAGCACGCUCCGAUGAGGAUUUCAGUUCUUCAGGACCAUUAAUAUUCCCUCGAGCAUCUGAAUGUUUACUCCUCACCGUAUCCAGCAUGGCUGAAUCCAGGAUUAAACGGCCAGUGGAACAGCUCCAGGAAUUAUCCUCGCUGUGCUUUGGUUUUUCAUGGAGUAGCAGGAAGUGAGAUGGAAUUUCCUCCAUAUAAUCAUGACGAGAUGAUCUCCUCCUCAGACGUCUGCUGAAGAGUUUCAUAUGGCCGAGGGCUGUGGUGUUGUUUUCUAGUAUUUUACUGAUCGCUGCUGAUAUGCUCCAGACCAAUAACUACUCGCUGGUGCUGCUGAUCCAGCUGGCACUGCUGACCUUUGACCUGUUCGUCAACUCCUUCAGUGAGCUGCUGCGGGCCGCGCCGGUCAUACAGCUUGUGCUCUUCAUAAUCCAGGACAUCGGCAUCCUGUUUAACGUGAUCAUCAUUCUUCUGAUGAUGUUCAACACAUACGUGUUCCAGGUGGGGCUGGUGUCUCUGUUACUGGAGCGAUUCCGAGCACUGCUGAUACUGUCUGCUCUCUACCUGACUCUCAGCAUCUGCUUUCACUGCUGGGUCAUGAACCUGAGGUGGAUGGAGUCCAGUCGUUUUGUGUGGACGGAUGGGUUGCAGGUUCUCUUUGUGUUCCAGAGACUGGCUGCUGUGUUGUAUUACUACUUCUACAAACGCACAACCGAGUAUCUGGGAGACCCCAGACUUUACGAAGAUUCCCCGUGGCUCCGUGAUGCAUUUGCUAGAGCGCGACAGUGAAACGAAACGCCUGGAAACGAAUCCAAAAUGGAGCACGGGGGACGUUAACGUUGUGCUAUAACAACACACAACCAAAGCAUUUCAAGAAAAAGAACGGAUGGACUCUUUCAGAGCCCCACCACCUUAAAACAGACUUCUGGAUUGUAGGAAAGAGCCAAGAUGGCGACUGGAGAGAUCUCAUUUUGUGUUUUUAAUGACUGAGAAGCCCAACGAGAUAUAACAUCAUGAAACCUGACAUCUCAAUAUCUCUAAACACAUUUUAGUUCAAUAGUACAUGAUCUAACAGACGCUAAAAUGAUCAUAAAUUACUUCUUACAUGUUGGUUGUGUAGAAAUCUCAUUGUGUAAUGUAAAAUCUCUUUUUAUAUGGUUUUGGAUCAUUGCUUGAGCAGAGUUUGAUCGUGCAGUCGAACUAAGAGAGAUUUCGUUCACUUCGGUUUGCCUUUGAAACGACGAGUGGAAUUUGGUCUCAAGGAAUCGUGUGAAUUUUUAUAUAUUGUGCCCAUUUUUAUUAACAUUUGGUUUGUAAUAUUCUCUUAAACAUCCUCCAAGUGAUGCACAUUUGGUAUAUUUUCAGUAAAUUGUCGACUGAGCAUCAAAGUGCCUCACUGUUCACCCAACACUUCACUAAGUGAGUGAACAGCAGAGCGUCAGUGCACUUGUUAUGCUGAAAUCCAGAUCCUAUUUUUCUGUUAUUCAUGUUGUACCAGUAAACAUUUUCCAUUGUCCUGAA